CCUCGCUGGAUAUUAAAGCAUUAAUUUUCCUUACUACAGGUUUCCUUUGCAUGAUCCUCAUUCGACUAUUCUAAUAUUUUAACCACGCUUGAAAGUCUUUCGUUUCAUCCAACGAGUUACCUAUCAGCUUCCACGCCAGGCCGCAAUACUUCGCCAUGGUUCAGAUUAGUGAAGUGAAGGGCAGUUCGCGCGAGAACAGAACAGCAGCACACACUCAUAUCAAAGGCCUUGGGCUACGUCCAGAUGGGACUGCGGAGUCGUCUGCCGAUGGCUUCGUCGGUCAGGCAGCAGCCCGCGAGGCGUGCGGUGUCGUCGUGGAUCUAAUCAAGGCGAAGAAAAUGGCAGGACGUGCAAUUAUGCUUGCAGGUGGACCGGGAACUGGAAAAACAGCACUUGCUCUGGCUGUGUCACAGGAACUGGGAACCAAGGUCCCGUUCUGCCCGAUUGUUGGCAGUGAAAUUUACUCUGCUGAGGUCAAGAAGACCGAGGCACUUAUGGAAAACUUUCGUAGGGCUAUUGGUCUAAGAGUGCGCGAGACGAAAGAGGUGUACGAAGGAGAAGUUACAGAACUCACGCCUGAGGAAACCGAGAACCCCCUUGGCGGCUACGGGCGUACCAUCAGCCAUUUAAUUAUCGGAUUGAAGUCGGCCAAAGGAACCAAGAAGCUGCGUCUUGACCCUAGCAUUUACGAGGCAAUUCAAAAAGAGCGUGUGACCGUCGGAGAUGUCAUCUAUAUCGAAGCGAACACUGGAGCUUGCAAGAGAGUAGGACGGUCCGAUGCAUAUGCGACCGAGUUCGAUCUUGAGGCGGAAGAGUACGUUCCUGUACCGAAGGGAGAGGUACACAAGAAGAAGGAAAUUGUGCAAGAUGUGACGCUUCAUGACUUGGACAUGGCCAACGCACGGCCACAGGGUGGACAGGAUGUCAUGAGUAUGAUGGGUCAGCUCAUGAAGCCGAAGAAAACAGAAAUCACGGACAAGCUGCGCCAGGAGAUCAACAAAGUGGUCAACCGUUAUAUCGAUCAGGGUGUUGCUGAACUUGUUCCUGGCGUACUCUUCAUUGAUGAGGUUCACAUGCUUGAUAUCGAAUGCUUCACCUAUCUCAACCGCGCUCUCGAGUCUAGCAUAUCCCCUAUCGUCAUUCUCGCAUCCAACCGGGGCCACACUGUUAUUCGUGGCACAGACGAUGUCACUGCUGCGCAUGGAAUCCCCCCAGAUCUGCUUGCCCGUCUCCUCAUUAUCCCCACGCAUCCUUACACCCCCGACGAGAUCAAGACCAUCAUCCGGUUGCGCGCUAAGACGGAAGGCCUCAAUAUCACCGAUCCUGCCCUCGACAAGGUCGCCGAGCAUGGCAGCAAGGUCAGCUUGCGGUAUGCUCUACAACUGCUCACCCCUGCUAGCAUUCUCGCGCGCGUGAAUGGACGACCAGGAGGCAUUGAGGAGGCAGAUGUUGCAGAGUGUGAGGAUCUUUUCCUUGAUGCGAAGAGAAGUGCCGCCAUCGUUAGCCAGGACAGUGAGAAGUUCCUUUCAUGAAGUAACGCGCUUAAUUUAAUAGGGGUUUCUGAUGGUUGAGGGAGUUACAAAACCACGCAAAGAUGUAUGCUAUGUCUAAUAUGCAAAUUCUUAUGUCACGUAAUGGAAAGGAUCCUUUGGCUCCAUAGGCUCUUUGGUGUCAAGCAGUAAUCGUUCGGGAGAUAGCCUAGCUGUGUUUCUCUGGAAUGUAUAUCCAAGCUUGUUACAAACAAAGGGCCCUUCACUUU